AUGGCGGCGGCGGAGCCGGCUGUCCCGGCGCUGGCUGGCGGCGGAGGCUCGGGCGGCCGGACGCCGUCGGGCAGCAGCGUCCCGGUGCUCUUCUGCUUCUCCGUGUUCGCCCGACCUUCGUCGGUGCCUCACGGCGCGGGCUACGAGCUGCUCAUCCAGAAGUUCCUCAGCCUGUACAGCGACCAGAUCGACAUGCACCGCAAAUUCAUGGUGCAGCUCUUCGCCGAGGAGUGGGGCCAGUACGUGGACCUGCCCAAGGGCUUCGCGGUGGGCGAGCGCUGCAAGGUGCGCCUGGUGCCGCUGCAGAUCCAGCUUACUACCCUGGGAAAUCUUACACCUCCAAGCACUGUUUUUUUCUGCUGUGAUAUGCAGGAAAGGUUCAGACCAGCUAUCAAGUAUUUCGGGGAUAUUAUUAGUGUGGGACAAAGACUGUUGCAAGGAGCUCGGAUAUUAGGAAUUCCAGUUAUUGUAACAGAACAGUACCCCAAAGGUCUUGGAAGCACUGUUCAAGAAAUUGACUUAACAGGUGUAAAACUGGUUCUUCCAAAGACCAAGUUCUCAAUGGUGUUACCAGAAGUAGAAGCAGCGUUAGCAGAGCUUCCUGGAGUCAGGAGUGUUGUACUGUUUGGAGUAGAAACUCACGUGUGUAUCCAACAAACUGCUUUGGAGCUUGUGGGCCGAGGCAUUGAGGUUCAUAUUGUUGCUGAUGCCACCUCCUCAAGAAGCAUGAUGGACAGGAUGUUUGCACUAGAGCGUCUUGCUCGGACUGGGAUCAUAGUGACCACGAGCGAGGCUGUUCUGCUGCAGCUGGUGGCUGAUAAAGACCAUCCCAAGUUCAAGGAAAUCCAGAAUCUAAUUAAGGCGAGUGCUCCAGAGUCCGGUCUGCUUUCUAAGGUGUAGACUCUUUGAAGCACUGGUAUC